AUGCACACCGCCCUCCUCACUAAGUGGGUUGAAACUCCCAAAUACGUCGAAGUCGACACCCCGCAAGGCCUCCAUCAAAUUGCGAAGUCUCGAGCUGGAGGCACCCAUUACUCCACAAAGACCCUCCCACGCAUUCGAGCCAGGGGCUCCACGUGCGAAGUUAUCGAUGUCCCGAAGAAAGAUACGACGCCAUUUCCAGAAGUUUUGGAUCCAGUUCAAGCAGCAGCUCUUCUGAACCUCGCCGUGUCCAGUUGGAUGGCCAUGCGAAUUCGCACAUUCAAUCUUCCAAAGAACUUCACCGUGCUGAUUACGGGCGCUACCACCACGUCAAGCACAAUUGUCGUCCCACUCAUCAGAUCUCUUGGGCUUGACGAGACGAUUCAGUUGAAGGACCCUGUUGAGAAAACAGAUUUCUCGAAGUUGGGGGACGUGAACUGCCUUUGGGGAUCGCCGAAUGUCUAUAUAUUCAACCAAUUCGCGUCCAAGGUCGUCGUUCAAUACCUGCAAGUGGGUCGGUCCAUGACCGGUUUAGAGGCGAACUUGGCAUCUGCAAAUCUGAGGUCGAAAAAAAUCACGAUUCGAGGGGCAGGGCCUGAAUCUUGGACAUUUCCUCAAUUUGUGAGCAAGCAGGAGGUCAGGGUCGUGAAGCUGGCAGAUAUUGAGAAGGUGUGGAAUGAGAAAGGAGGACAAGAAUGGGGCUUAUGCCACGAUUAA